AUGGAACAAACUACGCCAGCUUUGACAUGUAUGAUUUUUCUCUAUGCUCAUCAAUUCUUUUUGAAAGGUAAUUGCGCAAAUUUUUUGGUAAAUAUCGAUAAACAGAACUCUUCGUUAUCAUUACCUGCUCAGCCAACAUGCAAUUCACCGCCGGGUGAUCCAGUUGUUCCGGCCACCGAAACUGCGAAUUCUUCAUCUUGUUUGACCUCAUCACGCCUAGCGCCAUCUACAAACGUCGUAACCGUUCAUGCCAAAAAGAGCGACAGUGAUAAGAAAAACAAAACCACGGAUUCCGGAACAACGGGAGAUUCACUUCCUUCAUGCUUGAGUUCAAUUAGCCAACCUUUCUCAAACCUUAGCAGUCAGUCAUCUAAUGAUGAUCAAGAUGAUAUGAG